CGUUAUAACCAACAUCGAGAAAAAAAUAAACAAGAUAAAUAUAAAUCAACUCUUCUAUAUCACCGAAACCAUACCAAUAACUCAGAACUAUGAUAAAAAUACAACCAAUUUCAAAGUUAAACCCGUCUCUAUUAAAUAACUUUUGCCCUUGCAAAACUCAUUUCAAUCUCUUUUCUUCGUUAUCAAUCUCUUUAUCAAAAUCUAAUGACAAUAAACGUCGUCUUAAAAAUGUUCCAUCUUUCGAGGAAUUCCUAGUAAAUAAAGAAAUUAAAGAUUUAUAUAAAAAGAUAAUUAGAAUAAUUUACAAAAAAAUCCCUACCAACUUAAAAAAUGGGUUAAUUGAAUAUACAAAAAGUGAAUUUAGAGUGCCAAUUGGCGGUAAUAUAAAUGAUAAAUCUGAAAUAUUAUACAACAGAAAAUACGCUUUGACCAUUGGUAAAAGAGAAUUUAAAAAAAUAUCUUCUCAAUUUGGUAUUAAUCUUGAUAAUUACAAAAAUUAAAACGAAUAAUUGUGCUUAUAUACAAGAACUCCUUUUAUUAUUUUUAUUUAUAAUUAAUUUUACAGGCAAAAUAUGGAAUAAUAAUAAAAAAGUAAUGAACCAUGAUAAAAAAAAAGAAAAGAAAACAAGAAGAAAAUUAAAAAAUU